AUAAUCCAAAAUUGCAAUAAGCUGACGAACCCAGGCCUCUCUCUCUCUCCGUAGACUUGUAUACCAAAAUGUUCUCUCUCUAGAAUUUCUCUCGUCUGCGUAGACUUUGCCUCAAUUUUUUUCUUACAAAAUUGCUUCCUGCUCAAGCUUUUGUAGUUCUCUUGCUCUCUCUGUUUUUUAUUAUUAUCUCUUCGGUUUGUUUUUGUUCUCCAAGUGGUUUCUUUCAUGGCUGGUCGCUACGAUCCUAACCCGUUUGAUGAAGAAGAAGUUAAUCCCUUUUCUGAUCCAGCUGUAAGGGGGAAAGCAUCAGGUCAGCAGAGGUUCAGUGGAGGUGCAUUUUACACAGCAAGUGCUCCUCCUGUUUCAAACUCAAGGCUUUCACCACUUCCUCCUGAACCUGCUGAUUUUGGUUAUGAUCAUGGUGCAACAGUUGACAUUCCAAUUGAUUCAACUACGGAUUUGAAGAAGAAAGAGAAGCAACUCCAAGCCAAGGAGGCUGAAUUGAGAAGGCGAGAACAGGAUGUAAAAAGGCGUGAAGAUGCAGCUGCACGGGCUGGAAUUGUCUUAGAAGAGAAAAAUUGGCCACCAUUUUUCCCCAUUAUCCAUCAUGAUAUUGCAAAUGAAAUACCAAUUCAUCUACAAAGAAUUCAAUAUGUUGCAUUUACAACAUUUUUAGGAUUGGUUCUCUGUCUUUUCUGGAACGUUAUAGCUGUUACAACGGCUUGGAUUAAAGGCGAAGGGGUGAGAAUCUGGUUUCUUGCUAUUAUUUACUUCAUAGCUGGAGUUCCAGGGGCAUAUGUUUUGUGGUAUCGUCCACUAUAUCGUGCAUUUAGGACCGAAAGUGCUAUGAAGUUUGGAUGGUUUUUCCUGUUUUAUAUGGUUCACGUUGGCUUUUGCAUCGUAGCAGCGGUUGCUCCUCCUAUAGUUUUCAAAGGGAAAUCUUUCACUGGCAUUUUGUCUGCAAUAGAUGUUGUGGGUAACCAUGCUCUAGUCGGGAUCUUCUACUUCAUUGGAUUCGGAUUAUUCUGCGUUGAAUUGGUGCUUAGUCUCUGGGUCAUUCAGCAAGUAUACAUGUAUUUCCGAGGCAGUGGUAAAGCUGCUGAGAUGAAGCGAGAAGCCGCUAGAGGAGCAAUGAGGGCAGCAAUAUGAUGAUCCUGUGCUUGUGAAGAGACGACUGUUCAAGAGUUUAUGUGUGGGUUUUGGUUGUAUAUGUCAGCUCCCUUAGCCACGUAAAUUUCAGAUAGAAAGAUUGCUAUAGGCAUAACAUGAGACUGGCUUUUGUUGGACCAAUUCCAUUACUGUUUAUUGCUUUGCUUUAGUGCUUGUAAAUGCUUUAUUCAUAAUUUUUAAAGGUUUUGUUACCUUGGAUCCUUAUCUGGAAACUUUAGAAGCAUUGAUUUGCCCA